AUGGGCCCGGAGCCGGAGGCCACCACACCGCCGCGACCCGAAGCUGCCCCCCAGGAGGAGGGCACCAGGCCCGCUGCGACGACCGAGGCAUCGGCAACAGAGCCGGGCAUCGAGGUCGGGCCCUCUCCAGCUAAGCUAGCAGCAGAGGGGACCGCUGCCACGGCAGAGGCUGCAGCGCCAGAGGCAGUGGAGGUGGUGGAGGUCGCGGCGCCAGAGGCAGCGGAGGUGGCUGCACCGGAGGCGACAGAGGCGGCGGCACCGGAGGCAGCAGAGACAGCGGCACCGGAGGUCGCUGAAGUUGCCAGCAGCGCCGCCCCACUGGCAGAGGAGGAGGAACCGGAGUGGGAGAAGCUGGAGGCCGAGCGCCUCCGACUCUCCGACUGGGAGGUCCGCCUGGGCGACCGCAUCAACUCCGUCUCCGCCCGCUACGCCGAGGAGCGCGCCAAGCUCGCGCAGGGGCGCGAGCUUCUGCAGGAGGAGCUGGAGCAAGCUCGCGUCCGGGAGGCGGCGGCGCUCCAACGGGAGAAAGAGGCCAGGCGGCGGGAAACGGAAGCCCUUGAUGGGCUGAUCACCAUGGAGGAGAUGAAGCAGGCGGUGGCAGAUAGGGAUCGGGUCGCCCGGGAGCUGGCGGCCCAGGCCAGGAAGGCAUCAGCUGCGAUCGAGGCGGAGAAGUCCGCCCUCGCAGAUUUGGCGGCGGCGGCAGCAAAGAAAGAAGAAUGGCUGGCCGCCCGUGAAGCAGAGGAGGUGGCCCGGCUCCAGGAGGAGCUCCAGAAACGGGAAGAGGCCCUUUAA